CGAGUCUAUGCUGCUGGUGAACUGUUAGCUAGCUAACGUUACCAAGACCGCACAUAGCAACAUUCGCCUUCAGAUAUUGAACACCCAGCGUUACCUAGUGAUAAACAACAGUUAGCUAACGUCAACUAACUUACCUCUUCAACAAACAUGAUCCUGUCUCGCGUGAAGCCCGCCGUGGGAGCAGAGACACCGACGAGCAUCAGUGAGAAGAAGAAGAAGAACAAGACCAAGGUUCCCCGUCUGGAGGAAUACCUGCAACAGAGAGACUACCUUGGGGCCCUGACACUGUUAGAGUUUCAGAGAAGCAUUGGAGAGAAAGAGGAGCAUGCAGACCUCUGGAUUGGCUACUGUGCCUUUCACUUGGGGGAUUACAAGAGAGCUAUGGAGGAGUACAAGUCUCUGACCAUGAAGCCUGAAUGUCCUGCUGACGUGUGGGUCUAUCUGGCCUGUGUCCUGUUUUUUCUGGGGCUUUAUAAAGAGGCUGAGGAGGCUGCAUCUAAGGCGCCAAUGUCCCCCCUGCAAAACCGCCUACUCUUCCACUUGGCUCACAAGUUCAACGAUGAGAAGAAGCUGAUGGGUUUCCACCAGAACCUGGAGGAUGUGACAGAGGACCAGCUAAGCCUGGCAUCCAUCCACUACAUGCGCUCCCACUACCAGGAGGCAAUAGACAUCUAUAAACGCCUUCUACUGCAGAACAGAGAUUUCCUGGCCCUGAAAGUUUAUGUGGCUCUGUGUUACUACAAGCUGGACUACUAUGAUGUGUCCCAGGAGGUGUUGGCUGUGUACCUGCAGAGCAUGCCUGAAUCCACUAUUGCCCUCAACCUCAAGGCCUGCAACCACUUUAGACUCUACAAUGGCAAAGAAGCUGAGGCUGAGUUGAAGAACUUAAUCGACAUCUCCUCCUGCUCCUUUGAGUUUGCUAAGGAGCUUAUCCGACACAACCUGGUGGUGUUUCGUGGUGGGGAGGGGGCGUUGCAGGUGCUGCCUCCUCUGAUCGAUGUGAUCCCUGAGGCCAGACUCAACCUGGUCAUAUACUAUCUCAGACAGGAUGAUGUCCAGGAAGCAUACAGCCUAAUCCAAGAUUUGGUGCCUACGACACCUCAGGAAUAUAUUUUGAAGGGAGUGGUAAAUGCAGCAUUGGGACAAGAAAUUGGAUCAAGGGAUCAUUUGAAAAUUGCUCAACAGUUCUUUCAGUUGGUCGGAGGCUCGGCUAGCGAAUGCGACACUAUUCCUGGCAGACAAUGCAUGGCCUCCUGCUUCUUCCUCUUGAGACAGUUUGAAGAUGUUCUCAUAUAUCUAAACUCAGUCAAGGGUUACUUCUAUAAUGACGAUACAUUCAACUUCAACUAUGCUCAGGCUAAAGCAGCUCUUGGCAACUACAAAGAAGCAGAAGAGGUUUUUCUGCUGAUUCAGAAUGAAAAGAUCAAGAAUGACUAUGUAUACCUCAGCUGGCUGGCACGAUGCUACAUAAUGAACCAGAAGGGCCGGCUUGCCUGGGAGCUCUAUCUGAAGAUGGGUACUUCCUCUGAUUCCUUCAGUCUGCUGCAGCUCAUUGCCAACGACUGCUACAAGAUGGGCCAGUUCUACUAUGCAGCCAAAGCGUUUGAUGCACUGGAGAAACUGGACCCAGGCUCCAACUACUGGGAAGGAAAGAGAGGGGCAUGUGUCGGCAUCUUCCAGCUCAUACUGGCAAACAAGGAGUCCAAGGAGACACUUAAAGAGGUGGUGCCCCUGCUGCAAAAUUCAGGAAACCCCCAGGUUGAAUACAUAAUCCGAGCUCUGAGGAAGUGGGCCAAAGACAACAGAGUCCUCCUCUCUUGACAACCUUCAGAACUGAACUGAAGAGCUCACUACAGGUCUACAUUAAGAGUAGCCACAUUAUGCAGACAUCAGCAGUCGUUUCCAUUGAAUGAAUUGUAUGAAUGAUAUCUAUGCCACAUGAAGCAAAGAAAUAUGGGGCUAUUAUCUCUGCUACUCCGUAGUGUUUUCUAUUAAGAUUGAAUUUCUCUGUGUAUUUAUAUUUGUAUUAAAAUGUGACUGUAUUUUAAAAAAAUACGUUGAGAGAUUAAUUUGUAUGAAUAUCAAUGUGAAAACUGACUUUAUGCAGUUUUUUUUUCAUCUUUUUUAAGCAAUGCAAAAAUAAAGAAGAACCGAACAAUUAAAGAAAUCAGGCCAAAGUGGAUCAAAGGCAAGACAAAAAUAAAUAUAUAUGUAUUUACAAUUAUAUUUCUAAGAGGUAACUAAGAUUAAAGAUAUUUAGAUAUAAGAAUCUGUCCACUUGUAUAUCUGAAUGUGAAUGUUAAACAGUAAAAUUUCCAACGAGUGACAAUCCAGAAAAAGUCUAAGUGAACAGAUAUGUAAUGUAUUAAGGUCUUUCAGAAAUGUAUCAGUAAGUACUGAAGGUGCUCAAUAGUUUAUAUUGCAGAAUAACAAACAAUAUAAGGACACAUUCAUAACAUAGUUUAAUAUAAUUGGGAGCACAGCUGCUACACUUGAGCUGUUCUGUAUACUUCAUUGAGUAUGUUGUGUGAUGACUGUUGAAAAGUAUAUUAAUAAUCUGGAAAACCAGCUUUUUUCUUUGUAAAAUGCAUUUGGCAAUUUCAUGUUUGACAAACAUACAGCUGGUGGAUGAAUUAUACUAUUUUCCGGUCAUACAACAAGGUUAAAGAACUAUGUAAUUGAUUUAAUGUUGCACUUCCAUAUAGACGAGGGUUUGUUAAAAGACAAUUUAAACAAAAGAAAGGUCUCAGUCAAAGCAGCAGAGGCAGAUAAAUCCUGAACUUUAGUCAUGAGAGUAAGUCAAGUUAAAAAAAACCCUGCUGGAUCCUAUAAUGAAAUUCAAUAGCACCUUUAAUUACACCUUCCUGUCUGUUUGAAUGUUGUCACCUUUAACUUUUUAGGCCUUUUGUGAUGCAGAUUUUAUGUUAAAAAAAAUUAAAAAAGCCAGACAUGACAGAGCUCCUCCAGAUCCACAGAAGACGUUCUAAAAGUGUUUUCACAGGCAGAGAGGGUGUCUGCAUUAAGCCAGUUAAAUGUAUAAACUACCCUUUUCACAGAGAGCAGGAGGACACUGAACAGACGUCUAACAGGCUGUCACACUCUGCAGAGGCUGUGUGCAGCCAGUCACAGGCGAGGGAUGUCUGGCUACAGAGUGAAGAAGAAGGCAACAUUUUAUCUCCUGACAUACAUGUUAAACCUGGUUGUAACCAAUCAUAAAGCAAAGCUGUAUUUAUUUAUUCUCAGUGUCCAGACCAUGAAAUAAUGAUUUGGUCAACCAGGCUGUCCGUCCCACUGUUGACCAGAUGUCAGCUGUGAUGCAGUUUUGUUGUUUGCCAACUGAAAAGAGGACGAAGAGAUUUAACCUGCAGCUUUGUUGACAGGUCCCCAACAAAAAGUGGACCUGGAAUGUGGACGCGAAUAGUUUUCACAUGAAACUAAAUACUUAUUGUAGACCUAAGUUGUACUCCUCAUAAUGAUUAAACUGAUCCUCGUGUAAAA